AUGUCUCGAUCUUGUGCUUUCUCAGACAUCCGGGAUCCGCUAAACAGUCCGCGGUCCAACGCAUUAAACCCAUGUUUCGUUGCCGCGGUUUCAUUAACCAGUAGUGCUGUCCUUGCUAUUGGAGCAGUGAGCCAAAUUAUCCAGCUUCAAUACUUUAAUUAUUAUGGGCCGUUCAAGAUUAAGUUCAGCUUUGGGAGCCCCUUCAGCUUGCAAAGUGUGGGGAUCUUUCAAAUCCUCAAAUUGAACUUGGUGGUGAUUCAGCUAGUCUUGUAUGCGCUUUUGGUGUUGAACUUGCCAGGCUGGGGAUUAUUAUCGUUCUCAUUGGUGGCAAAUAUUUUUCUCCUUGGUGGUAUCGUCUUGCCCUUGCACAUUAUUGAACCAACGAGAAGCGUAGUCCCAUUAGCUUCACCCUCGUUGUACUGGCUGGUACAGGUCAUUUUCACGUUUAUCGUUUCCCUUCAAGACAGUGUAACCACAGUAAAGAUAUUCAACUACAACCCAGUAAUGCGAGUCUCUGAAGUGUUUCUUUUCUUCAACUCCAUUUUGAUUUUGGUCUUUGAAGUGGGGUUGUAUUCUCCUAGCCUCGAGCUUAAGGAGUAUUAUGAUUUAAAUGAAUGGAACAUUGACACUGUCCAUAAUUUCUGGUCUGAAAUUACCUUUCGGUGGUUAGACCCUACCAUCAAAAAGAUUUACGAAAGUCAGACAAUUGACGCUGAAGGCACUCCGCCAUUACAUUUUGAACAAAACUGUUUGUACACAUACGACAAGACGUUGGACAAGUGGAACCAUGCAAAGGAGAAAAAUGGAGAAAAAUCAUUGUUCAAGGUUUAUCUUUCCUUGUAUUCGGGAAACUUGCUAAUGAUGUUGGUGAUGGAGUGGGUGGCCAUUGCAUCCAAUUUGGGUCAAGCUUUCUUGUUGCAACAAUUUAUUGUUUACUUUGGCAGUCAAGAUAGAAAGCCUCCCGUGGUGGGACUCUUUAUAGCUACAGCAAUUUUUGCUUGUUCUGUUGGCAAGUACACAUCGAUGAAUCGAUUUGCAGCCAUACAUUUCCGCAUAAGGUCACAAGUGUACUCUUCGUUGGGAACAUUUGUGUACAGAAAGGCAAUCAACCUUUCGGCAGAAGCGAGAAAGAAUAAAAACAGUGGAGAGGUGAUUAACAAUUUGGCGGUUGAUGUUCAAAAGAUCUCGCAAGUGGCAAUGUAUGCGUUUGUAGUCAAUUUGCCAUUCCGAUUACUAAUAGGCAUUUGGGCUUUGUACGAGUUGCUUGGGGUGUCUGCAUUGUGUGGGUUUGCAACUGCUGUUGUUCUAGUUCCCUUGAGCAGCAAUAUCAGCACCUCAAUCUCUGGGCUCGUCAAAAAGAAUAUGAAAAUUAGAGACGAAAGAUUGAAACUAACUUCGGAGAUUUUGCAGUCCAUCAAAAGCAUCAAGCUUUAUGCUUGGGAGCAACCAAUGUUGCAAAAACUUUUUGGAAUUAGAAAUGAUAAAGAGUUGGUUAUGGCAAAACGAAUUGGCCACUUUAAUGCCUUUUCAAUGUUUCUUUGGAAUACUAUUCCAUUUGCCAUUACUAUUACCUGUCUAAUUUCGUUUGUCAAGUUUACCAACAUUUCACUAACCCCAUCCAUCGUUUUCCCCGCAUUGUCGUUGUUUGAUUUUUUGACUGAACCAAUCAUGCAGCUUCCCGACGCCAUAGUAGCCAUCGUUGAAGCAACAAACUGCUUUUCGAGGUUGGACGAAUUCUUUUCCAUGAAGGAGAACAAAUCGGGAGUGGUGAGGCUGAAUAGGCUGGUGUCGCAAGGUGAUGUCACUGUUGCCAUCAAGAAUGCCACGUUUUCAUGGGACAAGGACAAUGUAGCGUUGAAAAAUAUUGAUUUCACCGCCAGAUGCGGCCAACUAGUAUGUAUUGUUGGAAAAGUGGGCUCGGGAAAAACUGCAAUGGUGAAAUCUUUGCUAGGAGAGGUUCCUAUUUCCAAAGGGUUGGUCGAAGUAAAUGGAAGUAUAGCUUAUUGCGCUCAGCAGCCCUGGAUCCAAAAUGCAUCGGUGAGAGAAAACAUAUUGUUUGGAAAUGAGUUCAACGAGAGAUAUUACAACAAGGUUCUCGCUGCGUGCCAAUUGACGUUGGAUUUGGAAAUCUUGCCCGAUGGAGAUGCCACGAUUGUGGGUGAAAAGGGUAUCGCUCUUAGUGGUGGCCAAAAAGCAAGGAUCUCAUUAGCUCGGGCUGUGUACUCUAGAGCCGAUAUUUACUUAUUAGAUGACGUUCUUUCCGCUGUCGAUGCGCAUGUUGGUAAAAGCAUUAUACGCGAUGUAAUAAGAGGAUUAUUAUCAGACAAGACGGUCAUCUUAGCCACCAAUGCCAUCAACGUUUUACGAUACUCGCAGGAAAUUAUGUUGCUUCAAGGGGGAGAAAUUGCCGAGAGAGGCGACUACAAGGAAGUAAUGGGGAGAGGUUCAGAGUUGGCAAGACUCAUCAAUGAACAUAGUAACGAUGUAGAGGAGGAGGAAGAGGAGUAUGUACGCCGAUCCAGUGUUGUAUCGAAAAAGAGCUUGAAUGAAGGAGAGGAGAGCAAGGUCACACCAGCUAUCGCAAGGGAAGCAAGGGCCAAAGGCAAUGUAAAGUUGAGCGUGUAUCUCGAGUACUUUAAAGCAUGCAACUUCCCCAUGAUCAUUUUGUACGUGUUUAUCUACGCUGGAAAUGUCACUUGCAAUAUUGGAGCAAACUAUGUCCUCAAGUACUGGUCGGAAGUCAAUUUGGACAAGGGCUACAACUCAUCAAUUCUGUUUUAUCUCACAAUUUAUGCCAUGACAGGUAUUACCGGUGCUGCUUGUAUGCUCGUGGCUGCUUUGAUUAUGUGGAGCUACUGCGUUAUCAGAGGCUCAAGGUAUUUCCAUGAUAGAAUGGCAAAGUCGGUGUUACGCAGCCCCAUGCAGUUUUUUGAAACCACCCCAAUUGGGCGUAUCUUGAACAGGUUUGCCGACGACAUGAAUGUCGUUGAUCAGCAGCUCAUUUGGUCCAUUUUGGCAGUUAUUGAUUACGGUUUGUUAGCAAUUGGUGUUCUUUCAGUUGUUGUGUUCAAUCUUCCAAUAAUGCUUGUCGUUAUCUUGAUUCUUUUGGCAAUUUUCAACAGGAUUAGAGUGUUCUACAUCCCAUCUAUUCGUGAGCUCAAGCGAUUGGUGAGUACAUGCCGGAGUCCGUUAUUUUCGCACUUGCUGGAGUCUGUAAAUGGUGUUGAGACUAUUCGAGCUUUUGGGCAACAGCACAAAUUCAGUGACUUCAAUGAUCAAAUCACAAACCGAUUCAUUAGAGUCCACUAUACUAUGUUGUCCUGUAACAGGUGGUUGUCAAUGAGGUUGCAGACUAUAUCAGCCUUUAUACUUUACUCGUCUUCGCUAUUCAUUCUAACCACUUUGGAUACACCUCACGAGUUGAGUUCAGGCUUGGUUGGAUUUGUGUUGGUGAAUGCAUUGAGCAUCAGUAAUGCCCUCAGUAUGAUAAUUAGAGGCUGGGCGGAUAUCGAAACAAGAUCGGUUUCCUUAGAAAGGGUGAUUGAAUACUGUGGAUUGACGCCAGAAGCACCCGAUACAAAGGAUUACAGACCACCGUCAAAGUGGCCCACCAAUGGUGAAAUACAAUUUAACAACUAUUACACAAAGUACAGAGACGAUCUUGAUCCAGUGUUGAAAGAUAUCAACGUGAGUAUCAAGCUGCGCGAGAAGAUUGGUGUUGUUGGAAGAACAGGUGCCGGCAAGUCGACCUUGACAAUGGCAUUAUUUCGUAUUGUUGAAGCAACGUCUGGUAACAUUGUGCUUGAUUCAGAGGCCACAGAUCAGCUCGGGCUUUAUGAUUUACGCAGCCUGUUGAAUAUCAUUCCGCAAGAUUCAAAUGUUGUCGAGGGAACAGUGCGUGACAAUUUGGACCCGUUAAAUAAGCAUACUGAUGACGAGUUGUGGGACGUGUUGAGACUAGCUCAUUUGAAAGACCACGUUGAGCAAUUAGUGAGCAAACAAGGUGACGAAGAGAAACUGGGUCUAGGUGCUAUGGUCUUCGAAGGCGGGUCGAACUUGUCUGCUGGACAACGCCAGCUUCUCUCGUUAGCCCGGGCGUUAUUGAACAAGUCUAACGUUUUAGUCUUGGAUGAGGCAACUGCUUCAAUCGACGUUGAAACUGACAGAAUAGUCCAAAGCACAAUCAGAACUGAAUUCAAGGACAAGACAAUUUUGACAAUUGCUCACAGAUUGGAAACCAUAUCUGAUAGUGACAAGGUUUUAGUUCUUGACAAAGGUGAGGUGAAGGAGUUUGAUUCGCCUAUUAAUUUGUUGAAUGAUAAAAGCUCAAUGUAUCGUGCAUUGUGUUUGGAAGCUGGGUUGAUAAGCAAGUAG